AUCCACCGCUCUCAGAUAGAGUACAGAGUGACAUACUGUUACCGUCAGCGUCGGCUGUGGUGUGUUUGGGUGUACAUGUGGAGUCUGAAGCCUUGUUGUCGUGUGUAUCUCUACCCUACCGUUCCUACCGACUCGAUAUGGCUCUACUGAAGAUACUGCUGGGCGCGGCACUACUGUAUGUGGCCGUUGCUGAAACCUGCCCUGGACAUUACACGCCUGACGUCCUCGGCAUCAAGGUGUGGGUGCCGGCGUUCGACUGCCCCACGCUGGUGGACAGUCCCGGCUCCAAGUUCUGCUGCGGCACGAAGGACAACCCGCACUGCUGCAGCGACUGUACCCAGUCCAUCACCAGUGUGGUGGCCUGCAUCACAGGCGGGACUCUCAGUUACGCGGCGUUCCUGGGCCUGGUGAUCGGGGGAUGCGUGCUUGUGCUGAUCCUGCUGAUCUGCUGCUGUGUGUGCUGCUGUCGCGGCUGCUGUUCCUCCCGCCAGCCCGCCGUUACCGUCGUGCAGGCCUCUGGUGGUGAAUACUGUUCCUCCUACACCGACAUAUACGGAGUCUUCCAUUACGGUUUCAACUGCCCCAACUACAGUGAUGGUGAUGACUAUGAGGACCAGUACUGUUGUGGUACCAGCAACAGUCCCUACUGCUGCGAUUCUUGUUUCUUGUCGCAGAUCAACGGAUGCGAAGUUGAACCUGACAGUUACUUUUCUAUGAGCACUGGAGCCAUCGUAGGCAUUGUCGUGGGUAGUCUCGCCUUCAUCGCCAUCGUCAUCGCGGUGUGCUGCUGCUGCUGCUGCGCCUGUUGCCAGUCUAACCGCCAGUCUCCGACGACGACUGUGGUCCAGGGGCAACAGGCAGCUGGCGUCACCGUGGCGCAGACCACGUACCCCGCCCAGCCGUACCCGCAGUACCCGCCAGGCACCGAGAUGACCCAGUACCCCCCUCCAGGAGCACAGUUCCCCCCUACAGGAGCACAGUAUCCCCCAACAGGAGCACAGUACCCCCCUACAGGAGCACAGUACCCCCCUCCAGCCCCGGUGUACGCCCCACCAGGCCAGCAGCCACCGUACCCAGUCGCCCAGGGUGACAUGGCCUACCCCCCUCCCUACCCAGGGCAGGGCGCCCCGCCCAUGAAACAGUGAAACCCCGUCACUAGUGCUGAUGUUUCUAAAAGUGUGUUUUUCUUUAACAAAAAGUAUAUAUAGUUCAGGAUGAUGGCAUAAUGGUUACUACAACAUUCCCUUCUUGAAGCACACAUUUAAGUAUGCGCUUGUACGUAAAACUAAAGGUCCUGUUUCUUCCCUUGAGUGUACUUUAAGACAGGAUUCUAUGUAGUGGGUUUUGUACUUUAGAUCUAUAGUUGUGUCUGGUGUUAAAGGUUAUUGGCAAUCAACUAAAAUUUGUAAGGAAUAUGUGUUCAGCAUAAAGGAUCAAUUGAAAUAUUAUAAGUACCACCAU